UACGAUCUGAUGUUGGAGUGUUGGCGAUAUGUAGCGCGUGAUCGCCCUACAUUCCGACAAAUUGUUGAACAUCUCAUACCGCUAGCUAGUGAGCAGUUCCGAGAGGCUUCUUGGAUCUAUAAUCAUCCAACCACUGAAUAUCCGUCAGACACUGAACCUAAUUAUGUACCAGAAGGUCAUGGAAUACGUCCAUUAGCGACAACUGAACCUGUUGAUGAGGUGGGCGUUAUAAAUGUGAGGCUUUGCUUUUUUAUUUAA